GUAUAAUAGAGACGUGCUCAUGGGGGGGUGGCAAACUUGUAAUUUUAAUACCUGCCACUGGAAAAAAACUCACACUGGUCCAUUCGGACUAGUGUGGUGCUGAGGUGUCACCUGCCACAUGGCUUCACUCAGGUUCCCAUCCCUGAGGUGGUUUGUUGUGUGAUGGGAGCAGCAAUGCGCCGUAAUCAGCACACGCCUCUUACCUACCUCUACAGUACCAUUCGGAAGUCAUCUACAAAGCAGGGUGAUAGUGUCACAUCACAUGACCUGGCCACCUGACCUAAACACAGCAGAGAGAGUGAAGGAAAAGCGGCCAAUGAGAACUCGGCCUAUAUGUGGGACCUUCAGGACGGCUGGAGAAGCAUCACAGGUGGCCUCAUGGAACUGAGCAUCACGCUGAGAUGGAAAGGAAAGGCAAGACUGUCCUGACCAGAGACGGCUGCUGUCAGACAGAGCCAUCCCACCCUGACCUCAGCCAGCCAGGUCCCGCCGUCCCCAGUACAUCACCUCAAACACAAGUACGCACCCUGGGCCCUGGAGAGCUCUCCUCCGUGCAGAAGCAGACCUUUACCUCCAUGUCUGGCAUCGAGCAGAUAAUCGAGUGCUUCCGCUCUGGCACUGCAGAGCUCAUGCACACACUUCUGAGGGAGGUGGACACCAUAUUUGAGUGCAAACUGUGCCGCAGCUUAUUUCGUGGCCUGCCCAACCUCGUCAGGCACAAGGAGUUCUACUGCUUCUCCAGGUCGGACGAGGCUGGCGUCGUAUCCCCGGGUGAUCAGAACCAGCCAAUGAUGGACCUGCUGAAGGACAGGCCAGUCAGUGUGGUCAAGCAGGUUCACAAGAGCACCCAGAAUAUUUUUUCUAGUGAGGAGAACCAGCGCCAGCGCAGAGAGCAGGAAACUGCCCAUCAGAUUGACCAUGACCAUGAGAGUCUUAAGGAGCACCUAGCUGACGUGACUGUAGAGAAGGAGAUCAAGACUGAUGACUCAAACAGGCUGGUGAAGGUCAAACUCGGCAACCAGGAGGUAGAACGGAUAAAGGCAAAGGGAGAUGAGGAGAAAGCCAAUCAAGCAGAUGCCUUGAGCAUCUCCUGCACCUUGUGUGGGAAGGAUUUCAGCUCGCUCUGCCGAUUGCGUCAGCAUUGCCUCAGGGUCCACAAGGACAACCCUGAUGACCUGAGGAGACUCAGAGGGAAGCUCCCUCUGCCUGUCGGUCUUCAGUCUGGGGGGAGAGGCCGGUCACAGUGCCCCCGAGGUACUCCUGGCCACAGCUGUGGUGUGUGCGGGAAGCCCUUUGUCUCCAAAGCCAUUAUGCAGCGUCAUCUUGACAGUGAGCACCGUGCUCAAUACCAGGGUUCUGCUGCUACGGGCAAACCAGGAGGUGGAAAGUGCUCACCAGCAUCUCCUCAGCAUAAGAUGAUGACAAGACACAAGUAUGUCUUUCGCACAACACGGCCCAGUCGGAAGAGUGCUCCGAAGAAGCCCAGCAUCAGAACCAAGAUCGAGCCCGCGGGUCAGAUGGGUGGGAUGACCAAGACCUCGCAGGAACCCCAAGGCCUCAGGCUGGGCAGCCCCAAACUCCAGAUUGGGUUUGACCUAAAGCAGCACUACUGUCGAAUUUGCAAGAGGCAGUUCACCUCUGGCAAGAACCUGAGGAAGCACAUUGACCGGCAUGUAGAGGGCAACGAGAUCUUCAUCAAGUUCUUCCGUUGCCCCCUCUGCAUCUACGAGUCGCGCCGCACAUCAGACCUCAUCCGACACAUGAAGGUGGUGCACAAGAAGCUAUCGAGCUACCUAGAUAAGGUCAUGCCCAAGGUAGUGAGCCAGGCUAUCAAGAAGCCGGUGGAGAUGGUUCUCGACAGGCAGACCACACAGUGGAAGACCACAAAGGCCAGCAGUCGUGGUCAUGGUGGGGCUGCCUGGUCGCCUGCUCUCCACAGGGAAACCUCUGCCCGCAGGUCUUCCACCACCAUUGAGGGAGGCACUGAGAAGAAAGUCAAGAAGAAGAUCCCCCCUCACACUUGUGAUGUGUGUGGGCGGGCCUUCAGCAGGAAGGUGAACCUGGAGGUCCACUGCAGGAGCCAUGCGACGGCCAGGAUCUCGCGCUCGCUGCAGAGCCAGAGGGCUCCUAGCACACGAUCCAAAGUUCAGUGCCCCCAGCGGAUGCCUGCAGCCUCUUAAUCACAGGAACAAAUGUAACUGAAGGGAAAACAGCGAGCAGCAGACAUUUGAGGAGGAGUGGCAGCUGGAGCGAGAGGGAGGAAGAUGGUGUUUGUGUUUGCAUAGCAACCGCACAGUCGAUUCUGGGGGCAUAAAGGACUGGCACUCAUAGCCCCCCGUCCUUCAUUACAUGUCCCAUUCCUUAGCGAGUUCUUUACUGCUGCAUAGUUGUCAUGAAAUCCUGUGAAUGUUGCAAUUGGGGGUUUAAAAUGUUUCUUUCUAGAUAGUUCCUCUCCCAGGUCACAAUGCUAAUUACAGUGUACACCCAAAAGGGAGUAUUGAAGAAUGCAACCGCACAGGAGAGCGUUUGAAACCGGGGUGGAGACAAAAUUCAGAUGCAAAGGUCUAUUUAUUGGCGUGAUGAAUGAGUGCAGAUGAACUAUCAGGAGAUACCCGUCCCUCUUGGGUCCUGCAACCCGGAUCAGUAAACAUGAGGGUAAAUGGUCCUGGACACCACAGGCCCAUCAGCGUUUAAUGGAUUUCCUGUCAGAAACACUGUCGUGGCUCCAGGUCACCUGCUUGGGUCACAUGGUCUCAACCCAACUUCAUAUCUCACUUAUGUUCCUGUUUUACUGUCUAAUUUCAGAAUUUUUAAAAAUUAAUUGGUCACCCAGGUUCUUACUGGUUUAAUAAAGAUGAGUUGGGAUUCUUUCUUU